UUUAAUAUGCAAGGGGUCCCACCUCUCUCUCUCUCUCUCUCUCUCUCUCUUUUUCUCCACCGCCUGCAUCCUUUCAUCUUCAUCAGAUGGAUCUCAAAAACCCAAAAUCAAACGGGAAUAUGUGGCAAAACAAGUUCGUUCAUCCCUAAACUAUACAAUGAACACAAGAACCCACCCCCAAUUUCAACCAGAUUCGUUACCUAUUGUGAUUUGCAGGUUUGAGAUUCAACAAAAAUCGAGACCCAUCGUUGGGUCUCUUUGGUUAACUGAUCGCGAUUUCAGGAUGCACAAUAAGGAAAUCGGGACCCUUUGUUGGGUCUCUUGGUCUCAGUUGCAAUCAACAAGUCUCGACAAUGUGAUUCAAGAUGGCUUACCGUCAGCAGCAGAACGACGGUGGCGGUAUGUAGCUGGGGGCUGCUCCGAUAGCUUUCUGAUGCUCAAUUUUUGUUUAUGUUCCAGCGAGUUCCACAAGAAGGGAUGGGGAGAAGCAACGACAGGUGGCUGGAGGUUGUGUGGGUGGUUUAUUGAAAGAACAACGAUGGAAUGGUGGCGGUUUUGUGGCAGUGGGUGGCAGCCCUACUGUUGGAUUUUCUUGCUUCUAGUGGUUCUCAACACGGAAGGAAAAGGGAAAGCAGUAACAGGUUUUCAAGGGUGUUUGUCAACUUGCUUGAUAGAAAAGGAAUCAAAGGAGGAGAGUGUGGCGGUUUAUGGCGGUGGGGCUUGGUCGACCAAAACGGUGGUGUCAGCAGGUGGUGUAUGGGCAGUGGGAAGUGGUAAAGUGUGACCGGAGAGGAGGCCAGAAAUUGGUAUCUCCAGUGGUUGUUUCUUCCACCGGUGAAUCAGAGAGAGAGAGAGAGAGAGAGAGAGAGAGAGAGAGAAAGAAAGAAAGAAAGAAAGAAAGAAAGAGAGGACAAUGUACGUAAGGGGGCCAUUCCCUUUGAGUGGGCGGAAGUGAUUUUCGUGACUCACAAGCUACAAGAUUGGGGAUGGAAUUUGCAACUUCAUUCCAUAAUAGAUAUGUUAAUGGUCGUAUGACUCUCUAAAGUAGAUCAUAAGGAGUGAUUCCUUUUAUAUGACCAUGUUGUCAUAAAUUGAUUCAUUUAUUAAUUCAAUGGCAACGAAUUAGAUUGGCAUGAUGCAUCAAUUCGGGUAGAGCCAUUGUGACAUCCCCAAUUUCACGGUCAAAAAAGACUAAUUUGUUUAUGUUUUAUUUAAAAAUCAAAGUAUCAUUUUGAAGAAUAA